CUGAGCAAUGUCAAUCUGCGAGCAUAAUCUUGAUGAUGUGUUACAACCGGUCCAUGAAGAAGGUAUGAUUUCGUUUUGGCCAAGCAAUGAGUUUGUGGACUGUGGAGUCUUCCCAGGUCAAUGAUGAGAAGUUGGACUCGAUUGUGCCUCACAUGAUACCUGGGCAUUCAUUCAGUCACCUGCAGGGCAGUAGCCAUUCCCCACCCCCACGGUAGGCAACUCUGGUCAUGGAUUUUGUCAAACGGCGAAGGAUAGCUUCCUAUACUUGCAAAGAGGAGGAUCAGGAAGAGGAAGAGGAAGAGGAGGGCUUGGACGCGAAGAGAAGGGAUUGGUCGUCCCUGACGGAGCCCCUGCUGCGGUCGGUGCUGCGGCGCCUCGACAGCCUCGAGGAUUUCUUCGCCUUCCGGGGCGUCUGCCGCAGCUGGCGAGAGCUCGCCGCCCCGACCCCGGACGCCCUCUCCGCCCAGCUCCCGCUCAUCCUCUUGACCCGCUUCCCUGCAUACACCGAGGCCUUCUACGACCUCGACCGCCGCCGCCUCUACCGUGCCCAGCUCCCAUGGCGCGUCCACUCUCGCCGAUCCGUCGCCUACGCCCACGGCCACCUCAUCACCGCCACCGAUCCCCCCAACUCCAAGCUUCUACUCUGGAACAUCUUCUCGGAGUCUCGCAUCCGCCUUCCCAAGGUUCCCGAGCCCUUCCGCCGCGUCCGCCUCUCCUCUCACCCGUCCGACCCCGCCCUCGACUGCAUCGUUGUCCUCUUCGCCAAGAGGAGCACCGUGCUGCAGUAUUGCCGCGUCGGGGACUCCCUCUGGACCAUCCGCGACUGGAGUAUGCUGCGGAUGGUUGACGACAUGAUCUUCUUCCGGGAUAACAGGCUCUACGCUCUGACCGCCACGAUGCAGCUCGUCGUCGUGGACCUCGCCGCCGAUCCAAAACUCUGGCUACUGGGCGACGGUGGCGGUAGAGCAGCGGAAGGGCAUCGGGAACGUUGGCUUGCCGAGUCAGGUGGGGAGUUGAUGGUUCUCUGCCACAGGUUCAGGGGUGGGUUCGAUGUUUGCCGCUGGGACUCGGGAAGUUGUAGCUGGGUAGAGGUGCUUGACUUGGGCGGAAGGACAUUAUUCCUUGGGUCAAUGGGGUUUGCCGGGUCGAUUGCCGCCGCUGGAUCGGGGAUCAGAGGGAACUGCAUUUAUUAUGUAAGCUACCGGAAAGAUGCGUGGUAUGUGUUCUCGUUGGAAGAGCAAUCCGUCGAGGUUGUCUACCCUGAUUCACCUGGUUUGCUCAGGGGCCAGUCUCCACUGGACCCUGUAUGGGUAUUCCCCAGCCUUUGUUAAAUUAUGAAUGCUCUGUUUGUGUUCGCAAGGUGUUCGGUGAAAUGCUUAGAUAAAGCUGUAGUUCUCAGUUAAAUUUAGAGUUCCGAUGUUUGUUGUCAUUUGUAGUCUUGAUGAUUCCUCGCUGCUUAUAUUCCUUCUCCUCUAAUUCGUUCCUUUGUUUUCAUUGCCUCUUUUUAUUCAGAACAAAGGUUUGUCGUUGGUGAGUUGAAAGGUUUUUAUGAUUAGAUAUCUGCACCAUUAUUUCUCUAAUAUGUCUAAAUGUUCUUCCUUAAAGCCUUCUAAAGAAUCUUGGCCCAACGUCACAAGUUUACGGGCAGUAAUCCAGCCUUGUAGUGGAACUCAAUUACAUUCCAGUUCCACUUCAGUGGUUCCCAGUGAUCAUAUAUGCCAACCAAGGAUCUUCGAUUGGAUGCACUGCAAGAUGCAACUCAGCAUCAGGUUCUCCCAGUUUUCUGAAAAGAAAGGUCGAGUAUGUGGUGUGAUCCUCAUUUAGCUUGUCAUGGAUUUACAUUCUGACCUCCUGAUGUGUUCUGUGGAGAUGUCGAAGAACAUUGAAAUGUGAUCUUCGAGGGUGUGAUGCCGAAGGAAACACGACUAUUACGUGACAUUCUCCAUGGCAUUGUUACCAUUGGCACAUUGGACAACAGGGCUGCUUUCUUUCUCAAUCCUUCUCCACCCAGGAAGAUGAAUUCCUCCGAUGGUAAGAGUAAGAAGUUGUAGAGGCAGAGACAAAAGAAGAAGAAGAAAAGGAAGUUGCAAAAAGAAGCCGAGAGAAUGUAAGAGUUGCCACUGCUGAGGGAGGAUUGAUGACACUCUCCCGUCUGUUUGCUGCAGAUGCUUCAAUGGUGACUGACUCCUCACAGGAGGAACAAGAAACCAACACCACCUCCAACAGGAAGCAACUCUCCUUCAUUAAUGCAUUACCAUUUUCACAAGAAUGAGCCUGUGUGUUUGGAUAUUAAGUGGAUGAUAAUUAUCAUUUGUUGUCGUG